AUGGAAACAGACAGAGAUACCGGAACCUCACAAGGUAAUUAUCCUCCUUUCCCAGUCAUAAACAACCUAAUCAUGAGUGCAAAUCUGGAAAAUCAAAACAAUGAAAUGAUAAGUAACGUUGGAGUAAUAACAUACAAAGUAACAGCCAGAAGGUUUCCAGCAAUAAACUACAGUAUAAUAAAGAAUAUGCCGACAGUUCAAGGGUUCUCAAACCCAAAAGCAGUAGAGACAGAACAUAUUCAGUCAUGGUGGGCGCUAGCUUUUGGUUCAUUCAUGAACCUUCAUGAAUUCAUAUAUAAAAACCUAAUUGACAGUGCAAAAGAAAUGAAUGAUGACACUACAUUAGAAACUUCAGAAGGUGGAAUGAUCUCUAUAAAGAAACAGAAGUGCAAUACAACCUUUGGAAACAUAUCUGAGUGGUUAUUAGCAUUCAAAGCAUAUAUGGAUGCGGUAUUAAUGUUAUAUGAAAAUCAUGAACAAGAACUAAACACAUAUAGAGAUCAUAUAAAUGAGCUAUGUAUCAAAUAUGAAUUUGCAGCUGUUAUGGAAUAUGAUGAAGAUCAUAGAGUGGCUUUAGUAAUGGACCGUGAUUCCACUCUUCAAGACAGAAAUAUAGAAGCAGAAGGCAAAAAUUUUGAUAUGACAACGACAAGAAAAACAAAAGAUAAUGGCUGGCGCCACCCUAAUUAG